AUGAGGUAUAACACGCACGUUUAUGAUUUGGUCACCCUUUGCUCAUCACCUAUGCGAGUCACGGCAAACAACUGCCCAAAUCGUAAGAUUUGCAGUGGCGCAACAAUUGUUGACGACAAAGUAUUUGCAUUGUCAUUAUAUAAGCAGAGUGGUAAAGCUUACAGGAUGCUUUCUAAAGUAUUUGCUCUUCCAUCGUGCAAGUGUAUCACGGACAUGUUGAAGAAAAUACCAUUUCAAACAGGAAUUAACCAAAGAAUUUUUAAAAAUUUAAAGAAUGCAGUUCAAAAAUUAAAAAUAAGUUAG